AUGACCCUCGACCCCCACAAAAUACAUGAUGAGAGGGUGGUGAGCGAUAUGUCUCGGUUUGAGUUUGGAACGAUGGUCCCACGCAACCGAUCUCGAAACCCAACUCCAACUUCCAGCGAUUACAAUCCCAAUAAUGAGCAUGGGUUUAUUCUGCAUCUGAACGCUUCUGAACCGUAUUUACCAACAGAUAUCUAUUCCGAUUACAUGAACUCAUCUGUGGUGUCGACAGACUUAAAUCGGGACGUACCAUAUCCAUUAUCAGGGACAAAUUCCAACCCAAUACUUGCUAUCCCCAGUGUUCCCAAUGCAAGUCGUAAUUCCAAUGAUACGCUUACCGACGGCGUAGACUAUCGAAAUAAGGACCUUCCGCCAAUUCAGGAACCCAAAGAGUACUAUGGCUUGACCCGAGGUUCGGUUAUGGGAAGCGGAACUAGUGACUUGCAAAGCACCAAUUCUCGAAAGAAAGAAUUAGAACAGCAUCUCGUGAAGCAAGUGAUGAACCAGCCUUUGGUCUCUAUACCAGCCAGUAAGUUUGUUGGUUCGAAGGCUGAUUCAGAUAAAGAAAUCACCAUCACGUUGAACUUGCUUCUCUACAUUUUCGAAAUUAUAUGCGAAAUGAUCUUGAUCAUUCUUUCAAGUACUCUGCUCCAUUCAGACAAUGCGAUUCCUAAUGCCAUCUAUCGGUACUUUAUUGCUGGUGGAGCUAUCUCCAUGAUUGUCUCCUCGCUCUUUAUAUGUCAGGUAAUCAAUUUUGAGAAACGGAAUGGUAGUUUCUACUGCUUGGCUGCUACAUUGAUCACAGUUGUUUCAUUUAUCAUAGCGAUGUCCCAGGUGGUUUCGAAACUGUGUCCCUCUUCAAGUGUGUGUAAUACUCGCAAAGCCAUCACAGCCUUCAUAAUAAUAUCCACUUUUCUAUGGAUAGGAAACCUCGUCAUGUUUUUGACAACCCUCUACAUAUCAAAGCUCAACUUGUUGGAUGAUAUCAACUUCGACUACCAGGAAGUUGGAAGCAAUCAAUCUAGGAUAUCCAGAAUUCCACCAAUGCCUGAGCCAGAAGAACUGCUGCUUCAAAAGUUUAUUCUCAACGAAAAUGGUGAAAUGUUUCCUGUUCAGGGCCAAAUGGAUGUUGAGGGUCGCAAUAAAAUCUUAGUCUACACACUUUGA